CGUUAGUCCUCCUUUCUCUGCCACAUUUAACCUACUCUCUUUGCUCUGUUCUCCUCUCCCUCAGUAAUGGCGGCCAGAAAUACCUCCUUCCUUUUCCAUAUGCGAUCUUCUCAUCUCCCUCAGUGCGAUCUUCUCAUCUCCCUCAGUAAUUGCACCGAGGAAAACUCACCGGCCAAGCCAAAAAUGAAUUCGCCCCUGUCUUCUUUCAUUCUCCUCCUCUCACUAACCAGCCAUGGGACUCGAAUUCGAAGAAAGAACAAACGAAAGCAAGAGAAGGCGAUCGAUCUUUUGAUUGGGGGGGUGGAUUUCUUCUUUUUCUUUUGAAUUGCAAAAAAUGAGGCAGAGGAUAGCCUGCAAUCGUAGUCGAGCUCUGAUUUCCUUCUCUCUUUUUUCAGUCUCCCCCAAUAGCAAAACACCUAUCCUUUGAAUUCAGCUCACAAGUACGAAACUCAUCAAACUACAACGAGAAUGAAAUGGAGUCGAUUCAAUUUAUAUGGAUACGAAGAUGAAGAAAACGCAGAAGAAGAUCGAAGCUUGGAUUUGUUAAUUAGGUUUGUGGAAAAUAUCUUCAGAAAGGUCUCCAAACGAGCUCGUCAUUAAAGCUGUGAGAUCAGUUCUUCCUAUUGCUAUUUCCACCAAAUUGCGUGUCAGUGCUUCCCAUUGCAGUCACUCUCACCAGCGUGUCCAUGUAAACUUGGUUCCCUCAAUUUAUCUAAGGGAACUUCUUGUGGAUGAGUGAUAAAUUGGCCAUGUUCAUUUCAAAGAAAGGGCAUGUUCAGAAAUGCAAUCCCAUAUUGAUGCAGAGGUUGUCAAAGUCCUUAGAGAUGUAUACGAUCUGGCGAAGCCUUGCUUAAGAAGUACUGGGGUCCGAGGAGCAUACCUUGCACGAAGCUCACGACUGGUUCGACGGUCUUAUGUACCAUUUUAUUCCAAUGUGUUUCGAUCUGUGAGGCUGUUUGUUAGGCUUUAGCAACAUUAUAUUGAAGAAGCGUGAGUAGCUGACAUGGAUUGUGGUGAUAAGGCAUAAUGUCCCACAGAUUCUGGAAAGUCAACCGCCACUGAUCACUUGAUCUACAAGCUUGGAGGUAUUGUAAAGCAUAUGAUCGAGAGAUUUGAGAAAGAAGCUGCUGAGAUGACCAAGUGGUCCUUCAAGUAUGCUUGGGUUCUUGACAAACUAAACGUUGAGCGUGAACGCGGUAUUACCAUUGAUAUUGCCUUGUGGAAGUUUGAGACCAACAAGUACUACUGUGAUCGAUGCCCCUGGACACAUACUUUAUCAAGAACAUGAUUACUGGUACCUCCCAGGCUGAUUGUGUUAUCCUCAUUAUUGAAUCUACCAGUGGAGGUUUUAAGGCUGUAUCUCAAAGGAUAUAGUCACGGGAUGGAUAUCAUGAGCCCAGUGCACAAAGUGUGUAAUGGCCACUCUAACACUAAUGAAUCUACUGACAAGCAGGAUAAGGAAGUAAGUCUAUUCCAGCCUGCUAGCGAAUUUUUACCCAUGAUCGAUGAGGUUUUUAGAACCCUUGUCGACAAGACUAAAGGUAUUAAAGGCGUGAAUGUUGAGAUCUACAAGUUCUUUUCAUAUGUACAUUACCGUAAUGUUGAUGAGAAGAAUUGGCCUACUAUUGCUCAGCUUGUUCAUCAAGUUCUUAAAAGUUUCCCUCGCUUACGUUUAACUCACGGGUGUAAGAUUGUAUGCUACCACUAUCAGAUUGGGCCAGUACAGGAAGAGUUUAAAAUCCCAGUUACCCCUGAGGAGUAUACUCGAAAUAAUCUUAAGUUUUCUCUUGUUGACGUGGUUUACGAAUGGGAAAAGGUAUACAUUUUUUUGCUGGACCAAAUACUGUCAAAAUCGACAACUUUUGGGGAAGAUAUUGAAAGAUCUUGUAGAAUUUUGUCGGGACAAUAAAGUUGGUCCCAUAGAGGGCUUGAAAAGUUAUCCUCGAUAUAGUUCUGCAUCUAAGCUACAGAUGCAAAGGAUGUAGGAAAUGGAGCAGGUUGCUGGUGGUCAAGGUCUGCCCACUUACAGGAACACUAUCAAUAAACUUAUGGCAAUGCAGCAGCUAUGGAUGAAUAAGCCUAAUAUGGGCAACAACACUAAUUUUCUUUUCAAUAAUAAACGCUCGACAAAUGGGCAGGCAGCAGCUACCUUAGCAUUGACCAACUACCAGGGGAAUAUAUUUUGCUGGAGUGGAAAAUGUUUAAUGUCCGAUGCAUGAUACUAUGUUCAUUUUCAAGUCUUAUUCCUGAAAAAUUUAAUUUAGUCAUGCAUCUAUGCUUUGGAGGAAAAAAGUUACGGAAAUGGCAGCAGACUACCCUGAUGUUGAGCUCUCACAUAUGUAUAUUGAUAAUGCAGCAAUGCAACUUAUUCGUGAUCCCAAACAGGGCAUAUUCACCUCCCCAACCCAAAGUCAACAAACAUUUAAACUAUUUUCUUUCUUGAGAACUAACGUUAGUCUUUUUUACAAAAAUGUGUCCGCUAA